UCUUUCGAAAAAUACGCUGAUUUGUGCCGACUCGGUUAAGUUGGAAAAACAUAUCGAUCUGCGCCCGGAGAGGGAGAGAGAAAGAGAGUGAAUCUGACGUGCUGCGUCAUGUAUUAACUCUGCUCACGACGUGUUCAUCAUUCUUAUUUUCUCCCUCUCUCUUCUCUCACUUUCGGUCGAGCAGCCCGGUAACGAGGGGUCGAAACGAAUCCGAGGCGUGCGAUCGACGGCCAAACGAAACACGGUGACUCGUGUGAGGUGAUUCAAGAGUCGGUGGUUGAAAGCGUGUGAGUCGCGAGGAGGAGAAGAAAGAAGAUUUCGAGGAAAGCGGCUACGUGCUGAAAAAACCCAAUCGAUCAGUAAGCGCAGGUUCCUGCUCUAUCGGCUCGUGGGAAAACAAAACAACCACGGAAUCGAACGGAUCUACUCGGUUUUCGGUGUGGAUUAUCGAGAAAUAGCCGGGGCAGUGCUGAAAUUCGAGGAAAAGGAACACGCUGAUCGAAGGCAGAAAUGGUGGUGUUCGGCUUGCUCUCGGCGGUCGCCGGGUUCGUCAAGUUACGAUACCUGGUCGACAAGGCGAUCAUCGACAAUAUGGUGUUCAGAGCACACUACAGGAUCACCUCGGCGAUCCUGUUCACCUGUUGCAUCAUCGUCUCGGCGAACAGCUUGAUAGGUGAUCCGAUAAACUGUCUGAGCGACGGAGGGGUGCCUGAAAACGUGAUAAACACGUACUGCUGGAUCACGUACACGUUCACGCUGCCGCACAACAACGCGAAACCUGUGGGCACCCAUGUGGCCCACCCAGGCCUCGGCGGCGACAUCGGGGAGAGGAGGUACCACGCUUACUAUCAGUGGGUGCCCUUCAUGCUCUUUUUCCAAGGUAUCCUCUUUUACAUACCUCAUUGGGUAUGGAAGCAGUGGGAGGAGGGCAAGGUCAGAAUGAUAUCCGAGGGCAUGAGGGGGGCCCUGAUCGAUAACCAGAACGAGCGACAAAUGAAAUCCAAACGACUAGCCCAUUACAUCUUCGAAACGUUGAACUUGCACAACACCUACGCGGCUGGUUACUUCUUCUGCGAGGCCCUUAACUUCGUUAACGUGGUGUGCAAUAUAUUUUUCAUCGACAUGUUCCUCGGCGGAGCCUUCCUCUCUUACGGCACGGACGUGUUGAAGUUCAGCAACAUGAACCAGGAGCAACGCAGCGAUCCUAUGGUCGAAGUGUUCCCACGAGUCACCAAAUGUACCUUCCACAAAUUCGGUGCUUCUGGGUCCAUUCAAAAGUUCGACGCCCUGUGUGUCCUCGCUCUCAACAUCCUCAACGAAAAGAUCUACAUCUUCUUAUGGUUCUGGUUCAUCGUUCUGGCUGUAAUGUCCGGAGUGUCUCUGCUCUACAGCAUGGCAGUGGUCCUUUUACCCAGCAGUCGGGAGACGAUCCUCGUGAAACGAUUCAAAUUCGACACGGCCUCUACCGCUAGCACGCUCAUCAGAAGAACACAGGUUGGCGACUUCCUAUUGCUUCAUCUGUUGGGACAGAACAUAAACGUGAUGAUGUUCAAAGAUGUGCUCGAAGAGCUUUGCCGCAACUUGAACAUCGACACGACGAGCGGAGCGUCACCCACCUCUGUGCCCUCGGCGCCUAGCACCCUCGAGAUGUCGCCCAUUUAUCCGGAGAUCGAGAAAUACGCGAAAGACACCGAGAUUUAAUUACAACACCUUCCACUUUAUAUUGUGAUAAUACCGAAGGUGUACG